GUGGGUCGCGGUUUGUUGAGGUCUGGAAUUCUGGGGUUUUAGCUCCGGUUAGAUUGAAUGUCGCGGAAAUGUUUGCUCUGUUUCGGGGGAGCAUUUUAAUUUCCCUGAUGUUUCCGUGCGAAAUGAAAUGGUGUUUAGGUCUCUGGUUUACUGUUGAUGUAAGCUCGAUUCAUAAUCAGAAAAGGAAACCAUGGUAGGGAUAUGUGAGCAUGUUAACUUAAUCUGUUGGAGCGUUAACUCUUUGUGGUUUUGAUUGUUCAUGGGUUUAUCUCUCUUUUGCAUGGGUUUUAGGACGGUUAAUACAGAAAAAAAUAUAUGUGCUAUUGAGUUAUGUUAUGAGUUUAAACUCAUCUUGAUUUUCUGUUUUAGAUUAUGUCCAGUGGAGCCCCUACAUGGUUUUGUCUGGGUUGUGAGCUACAGUUUUAGCACCAUGAGCUAUGUCAUUUUGCUGAUAUAGCGUUUUUAAUUGCAAUUUACGAUCGCCAAUAGUUUGGAUUCAUAUGUUGCUAAUCCCAGUUAGCAUUAUGAUCAUUGUGGUGCUUAUAGUCGUGCUGUAAUUCUUGUAGCUUAACCCCUCGAAAAAAAAAAUUUCUUGUAGCUUACGUUGUGUUUCAGUUCUGGUUAGUAUUAGACAUUUGCAUGAAGAACAAUAACUUCUACUCAAUGUGUCUUACCUUUGACUUUUUAUUUAAGAAAAUCUUUAUCUCAUGGCUUAGACCUUGUGUUAAGCUAACUAAUUGAUUCUAUCCAGUUAGGCAUCUUAAGUUUUUUUUUUGAUAGAUAGCGUGCUUUAGCCUUAAAUGAAAAACGAUUAUUUUGCCUAGUUUUUCUAGUCUUAACUCUUUUUUGUGCUAUUUAUUCAAAGUUGAUGCAUGCGUUCUACUAAUCUUAGCUUAUGCAAAGGUCAGAGAUGCCAGAUUCUGAGAUUUCUGACAUUGUUCUAUUGGCACAUUGGGAUUCUUUGGGAUGGAAACCUGCCUAGAUAAACCUUAAUUACCGCUGGGGACUGUGUGCUAAUGAGGGCAUCUGAUACAUCAAAGCCACCCUAUGUGGCAAGAGUUGAGGCUAUUGAGGCUGCAGGGUCACGAGGCACAAAUGUGAGAGUACGGGUGCGGUGGUACUAUCGGCCAGAGGAGUCCAUGGGUGGAAGGCGUCCAUUUCAUGGUGCCAAAGAGGUGUUCCUCUCGGAUCACUAUGACGUACAGAGUGCUGACACCAUAGAGGGAAAGUGCAACGUUCACAGCUUCCGUAGCUACACAAAGCUUGAUUCUGUCAAUGCUGAGGACUUCUUCUGUCGCUUUGAGUACAAAUCAGCCACAGGAAGCUUCGUGCCCGACCGCAUUGCUGUGUUCUGCAAGUGUGAGAUGCCAUACAAUCCUGAUGACCUUAUGAUCCAAUGUGAGGAAUGCUCUGAUUGGUUUCACCCUUCUUGCAUUGGAAUGACUAUUAAAGAUGCAAAAAAACUAGAGCAUUUUUUCUGCCAGAGCUGUACUGCGGAAAAUGGAAAGAUGGCUGAGAAUUCUCAUGAAGCUACAGCGCAAUCCGAAGAAAAGCAGGUGGAGUCAAAAAGACGGAGAAGGUGACUGCCCCCCAGAUUCAUUGACGAGAUACACCUGGAUGUACAAAGCCUUCUCAAGUUGGUGUAAUGCUAUUUAUUUGUCAUGGCAAGUGUGUGUGACCCACGACCACGAGAGUCCCUUCCUGUAAUGUCAGUCGCAUGGUGUACAUAAACUUUUCAACCUGAGACUGUUGUAUUAGGAGACGACACGACCUGUUGUUGUUGCAUGAUGUUUUUAGCAGCGUCAGAAUUAGCAUGGUAGAGUCGGGUGAUGAAGCCCCUCGCGGGCAUUAGGACUCCCGUAUGGAUGUUAUCACUGAUCAUACAUUGAUACUACAUUGGAUGCAGUUGAGUCUGUCAUCUGCGUUUGUCUUUGGAGAAUUCUUGUACCAUCAAUCCAUCAUGUGAACUUUGAUUCUUUUCGAGACGCUUCGUAA